ACUUACACAUUAAAGUUGUCUUACAAAGCUGAAAUAGUCAGACUUUUACUUUUAAAGGAUUCUCCUAAAACCUUACCAUAAAGUGAAAAAUAGAUCUUCCUGUGGUUCCUAGUUUGUUAUUAUCUCCUCAGUCAGGUGAGUGUUGCUCCUCCUGCAACACUCCCCUUUUUCUGCUGAGUGUUGCAGCAACAGCAGUUAGUCUUUGUCUUAAGUAGUAGUUGAAGGUGGCAACUCUCCAAAGGUUCAAUGUUCAGGGUUUUGCACCUGACUGUCCAUUUGUUUUAGUUUAAAUAUGUGGAACAACGCUCUCAUUUUCACCCACCAAACAUGAGACACACUGAACAUUCAGAAUGUUUCUUGAACAGUCUUAGAGGACAUGUGUCCUGUUAAAAUACUACAAUAAUAAUAAUAAUGUUUUUCUGCUGUGCUUUCCUUUCAGCAGUGAGCUAUUGCAUCUCUAUAUGUUGCCAGACGGCAAAACUUCAUUGUCAGACAGGUUAACUAUUAAUUAAUCAUUUUUUUACAUUGUUUUAUGGUCUUAUUGUUGUGGAGAGUUUCCUACAACCUUUUAUCAUCAACAUUGGAGGUUUAUUACAAUACUUUGCAAAAGUAUAUGUAUCCCUUGAACCUUUUCACACAAUGAAAAACAAAGCGUUAUAUCAUAUUUUUUGUAAUAGACCAACACUAUAGCAUAUAAAAUUGCUAUUUCAAAUUUUUACAAAUAAAAAUCUGAAAAGUGUGGCAUGGAAAAGUGUUCAGUUAUAAAAUCAACUCCAAGAAUUAAACUCCCCACAGAGCAAAGUUUAAUUAAAUGCAAACCUCCUAAGACAUGACCAUCCAUCUAAGCAGAUGGAAAUCCUUAGCUUAACAAACAGAAUCUGUUGACAAGACAACUAUUCUUGUUAUGCACACCACAAAAUUGACCUCCAUGGAAUAGUAACAUGAAAAAAGAAAUGGUUGAAAAAAUACCUGGAAAGUCCUGUAUAUUGCUUACCACAAAAGAGACUGAACACAAAUGCCCUUCAAACUUUUCAGAUUUGUAUGCAUAAAAAAAUCACACUCUUGCAGUACUUUGUGUUGAUUUGUUAAAUUAAAUUCCAAUGAAACAUGUUCACAUUUACAAUUGUGACAUGUAAAAACAAGAGGAAAGAACUUGGCACAUUUGGAGCCUUUAGGGAAAUGACUAGCAGCAUGAGAGUGACUCACUCCUUGUCAUGUGUUGUCUUACUGAUGUCUUUUUUUCUGAAGCAAAUAAUUUCCACUUUUUUUGUAUAGGAUACAUUUUUAAAAAUAAAAUCUAAGUUGCUGUAUAAUUUAAAAUUAACUAUUUUCUGGUUAGCAAGACAAAGAAAAUCAUAUUAACCAUGUUUUGGAAGAUUCAGACAGAUUUCAAACCAGUUAUUAAUAGCAUUUGCAUUGGUAGCUUAGUAGACAAUGGUGACACAAUGAAAAAGACCCACUUCCUCUUUGCCCCUUUCAUUCCCUUCCCCAGUCUACUGGAAGAAAAGUGCUGCAGCCAUGCAUGGAGACACAAGCUUUUUUAAAUGUCUCCAACUUAUUGCAGCCUUGUGGAUGGGGGUCCAGGCUGUCUCGCCUGUGCCCUCAGUCCCUGACCGUGUACAGGGUGUGGUUGGCUCCUGCAUGGUGAUCCCUUGCUCCUUCACACCUGUAGACCCUCACCCCACCAGGGGACGGAAGGAGAGGGUGGACGUGCGGCUCAGGUUCAGAGGUGGUGGACCUUUUUUCCCUCUCAGGAGCACUGCUUUCAACAGCGAGAGCAAAGACCAAGUGAGCAGGGAUUUCCUCGGCCGGACUUUGCUCUAUGGCCAAGUGUCCGAUGGAGACUGCUCAGUGAAGAUAGAACAGCUCAGAGCGGAUGAUCCAAAGGUGUUUGAACUGGCUCUGAAGAAAGGCAGUGAUUUACUCUGGGGGGUGUCGAGGACUGUAAAUGUAGACAUCAUCGACAACCCUGAGCCUCCUGUCAUCAGCGGCGUGUUGUCAGCCAAAGAAGGACAGUGGGUCUCCCUGAACUGCUCCGUCAGCUACCACUGUCCCUCCAGACCCCCGACCCUGCAGUGGAAGUGGGACCAAGGAGCCAAACUCAACAGCAGCGAGCUAGGAGAGCUACAAACGCUCCACCUGGGUCCCCACAAGUGGAUGCUGCUGGCUUCUUUGUCUUUCAUCGCAUCCCACCAAGUGAAGCCCCGGCUCUGGUGUGCGGUUAAAUAUCCAGAAACCAAAAUGUUAGCCAUGGUGAAGGACCUUCAUGUGACAUUUCCACCAAAAGAUGUGAAGGUGGAGGUUCAGACAUUGAUCGUUCAGCAGGGGGGCAACGCCUUGCUUGUUUGCUCAUGCAAAGCCGACCCUCCAGCAACAGAGUAUCGCUGGUCCUACACUAAACACGGCCACACUGUGCACCUCCACCACCGAUCGCACAGUCUGCGAGUGUUCAACGUGACCAAAGACAUGAGAGUCCGCUGCUCAGCCAAGAACACCAUUGGUCGAGGAGAAUCCAAGCCUACAUUGCUUAAUAUACAAUAUAAGCCUUCCAUCUCACGUCCCUCUUCCACCUGCGUCGUGGAGGAUUCUGAGGUGUGCUGUCGCUGUUCAGUCGACUCCAACCCCAAAGCAGCUGUCACCUGGAGCAUCAAUGGGACUGUUCCAUCUUAUGAUUACAACGUGUCUGUAACAUCAGAGCUCGACAUGCUCACAGUGUCUCUGAGGGGAUACAUGGACAAACCACUGAGUGUAAUCUGUUUUGCAUUCAACGCACUCGGAAAUGACUCCCUGGUUUUGCUGCAGGGGGAGGAAGAAACCUCAUUCAUGGUCUGGAUCAUUUUACCUGCUGUGGUCAUCUCACUGUGCGUAUGCCUUCUGUCCCUGCUUGUCUGCUUCUUUCGAAGGAGAGCUAAAAGACACAUCAUGAUCAGACAUCAAGCUGUCUUCCCUGAAGGACUAGGAAUUUAUCAGAACAGGAUGCCUCUCUACAUUAACUGCACUGAAGUGACAAAUGUUUACACCAAUGGAAGCUACCAACUUGUGUAUCAGAACUCCACACCUGUUUUUGUCCAUACAAAGCAGGUCCGUCCAAUGGGCCGAAGAGGUGGGGAGAGGAGAAGAGGCAGAGAUGUUGCAAGAAGAGAUAGAGGAGCUGGUGUGGGACUCAGGGAUACAUCAGAGGUCCAAAGUGCCUCUCCAGAUGAUCCAGAGACAGCCAUCUAUGUAGAGAUCCUAUGAAUUUUAAAACCAAAAAAAAAAAAAACUGGAAAUUGAUUCUCUAAUGUUUGGGACAAUUGUGCUCGUGUUACUUCCUGUCUGCAAUGUAUAUAGUGUUCAAUACUGUGACGUAUGGGUAUUCUGAAUUUUUUUUUUUAAGGAAGAGUUAUAUUCCUGCUAAAGUUUUAUUUUCUUAAGUCUGCAAUGUAAGAAUAUAAGAUAUUAUUUACUUACACUGUACUUUAAAUAUUCUUGUGAAUGUUUUUGUUUUUUAAACAUUGAUCAAUGUUUGAAUUCCAAAAAGGACAGCAAAUAAUAAAA